ACCGCUUAUGAUUAUUAAUUAUUUGCAGUGGUAAAUGUAAAACAGCAUCAGACAUGUUUUCACAUUGGACAUGCCUUUUCCCCUGGAAAGAAAAGACUUGAUUGAUUGGCGAAACAACCAAUCCCUGACCACAUGACGUAUUCCGUCUUGACCAAUAGCAAUUGUAGAAGAGGCCGACCAAACACAGACACUGAAGCGGCUCAGCAGAGAUUGUCAUUUAUUUUCGGAGAGCAUCCUCCUGAUAAGACUUAUAUUUCCGUACUGGGGUAGAAAAACGUGUUGCCUCUGCAAUGAGACGAACACAGAGAAAUUAGUUCUCUCUACGUGCAGUGUUGGAGGACAAAUGGCCCCACGUGCUGCAUUCUGCAUUAGAGGAAAUUGAAAGUAGACAAUACGCUUUCUGUUCUUGACGCCUGACCACAGCACACAAGUUACAUUAUAACUGUCCUGGAUUAGUGCAAGCCUGAAAUGAUUUAUGAUUUGAUUUCCAUCCAGUUCAAGUAUGACAGGAAGUCCCAACCAUAAACAAGAUGAAGCCCACCUUAGGCACUCAGUGGUUCAUUUCAAGAGCUACUUGCAUGGAGGGACCUCCAGCUUGCUGUCCACCAUCCCCACCCUUGUCGUUUUUCCUGUGUACAAGACUGUUUUCCGUCAACAAAUCAACAACACCCCAGUUCACCAGGCAGUGGGUCAGCUCUUCAAAGAGGGACCUGUAAAGCUCUACAGGGGCGUGGCCCCACCAUUACUGAUGAGGACUCUAAAUGGCACGAUGCUCUUUGGCCUGCAAGACACCCUCCUCUGCCAACUCUCCCUGUCAUCCCAAAAUGUCAUCCCCACAUCUGCUCUGCCUGCUCUGGCUGGGUUUGGUGCAGGUGUGGUGGAAGCUGUGGUGUUUACCCCCUUUGAGCGCGUCCAAAAUGUGUUGCAGAAUGGGCAGAACGACCGUCACCUACCCACCCUGAAGAGUGUUCUUGUAAGGCUGAGGGCACAGGGGCCGACCUUAGGGUACUACAGGGCCUUUCUGCCCAUCACAGCUCGCAAUUCUCUGGGCAGCUCCCUCUACUUUGGCCUGAAAGAGCCUGUAUGUGCUGCCGUGGCGGGACAGGGGCUCUCACCAGUGGCCGCCUCCUUCGUCUCGGGGACGCUGACCUCCAUGGCAAUCAGCUUAGCUCUGUACCCACUCUCUGUGCUAGUGGCAAACAUGCAGGCACAGGUGGGACGGGAGGUGAAAGGGGUCAUGGCUUGUUGGAGGAUGCUGUGGAAAUCUCGACAGCAGAGUGUGGCUCUGCUGUACCGAGGAGGUUCUCUUGUUAUUCUGAGAUCGUGUAUCACGUGGGGAAUCACCACCGCUAUCUAUGACAGACAGGAAAAACGUUCAGGCUGAGGAGACGGAGGAAAUCUCUAAAGGAUAUCAAAUUUACAAGUUGAAAAUAGUCUUUUUAAAUUUGUUUUAAAUAUUCAUUACCGUGAAGUGCUCCCUUGAAAAUUUAACCAGACCGCAGCUCAUCUUUAUUCAGGUGCUUUGACCAAUCAACAGGAGUCCAGUAGGCAAAAGUACAUGAUCCAUCAUCUGCUUCAAUCGUUCGCACGAUUCUGUCCAGCAGUUUUUUGUUGUGGGCUCAAGAAUUGAGCCUGCAGGUGUGGGUUCUGUUGAUUGUGGAUGUGGUUAUUUACAAGGAGUGAAGGGUCUAACAAAAUUGGUUGCAGUAUGGGAAGAGUAGAAUCCAUAAUUUUUAGGUCUGGAGCCAUACAAGGGACUACAAGUCAAGAUAUCUCGGCCUCUGCUGCAUUUAUUUUGACCAUCUGUGUCUUGGGAGUAUCCCACCUUCAUGGAAUUGAAAUACAAAAAGUACAUGAAGGAGAUGAUUGGUGUAUAAUCAAGACAUUAUUUCAUUUACUAUAUGACAUAGCUACUGUAUAUAUGAAUUGAGAUUAAUAUUGAUAAGUUAGAAGUCAGUGACUCAGGGGUCAUCACUGUUGCCUUACAGCAAGUUCUCAUGUCAGCAUGUGUGUCCACAGCAGGUGGGAUGAAACCUGUCCCCCAGUAUGGGACAAGCCACUGGAUGUUUAUUAUUUUCAAUGUACUCCAUUUAAAUAUCUUUGUUUGACUGUGAAAGAAAAAUGUCCACUGUCUUUCUGUGAUCUCAACAUAUACCUGUAAAAUCAUCACAUAAUAAUAUUCCAGUUGCUGCAGAAAAUAGUUUUUUUUUGCAACACCCAAUAAUAAACUAAUCUUAUUGAUCAUA